GGCGGCGGCGGGAGCAUGGAGGGCGCGGGCAGCGAGCGGGCGCCGCUGCUGGGCGCGCGGCGGGAGGCGUUCGCCGGCCGGCGCGCGGCGUGCGGCGCCGUGCUGCUGACGGAGCUGCUGGAGCGCGCCGCCUUCUACGGCGUCACGGCCAACCUCGUGCUGUUUCUGAACGGCGAGCCGUUCAACUGGGAGGGCGCGCAGGCCAGCCAGGCGCUGCUGCUCUUCAUGGGCCUCACCUACCUGGUGUCGCCGUUCGGGGGCUGGCUGGCCGACGCGCGGCUCGGCCGGGCGCGCGCCAUCCUGCUCAGCCUGGCGCUCUACCUGCUCGGCAUGCUGGCCUUCCCGCUGCUGGCCUCGCCCGCCACGCGGGCCACGCUGUGCGGGGCCCCGCGCCCCACGCGCCUCCGCAACUGCUCGGCGCCUCACUGCGCCGACGCGCCCACCCGCUACUGCGCGCCCGCCGUGCUGGCCGCGCUCGCGCUCGUCGGCCUGGGCGUGGGCGCCGUCAAGGCCAACAUCACGCCCUUCGGCGCCGACCAGGUCAAAGAUCGAGGUCCAGAAGCCACAAGGAGGUUUUUUAAUUGGUUUUACUGGAGCAUCAAUCUGGGAGCGAUCGUCUCGCUCGGAGGCAUUGCCUACAUUCAGCAGAACGUGGGCUUUGUGAGCGGCUACCUCAUCCCCACUGUCUGCAUCGGCAUCUCUUUUGUGGUCUUCCUCUGUGCCCAGGGCUUUUUCAUCACCAAGCCCCCCGAUGGCAGCGCCUUUACUGAUGUGUUCAAGAUACUGGCCUAUUCGUGCCGCCCCCGGAAGCGAGUUGGAGAAUGCGGCCAUAGUGGUGAAGGCAUUGGAGUCUUUCAGCAAUCUUCUAAACAAAGUCUGUUUGAUUCAUGUAAGAUGUCUCGUGGAGGGCCAUUUACAGAAGAUAAAGUGGAAGACGUGAGAGCUCUUGUCAAGAUUAUCCCUGUUUUCUUGGCUUUGAUUCCUUACUGGACAGUGUAUUUUCAAAUGCAGACAACGUAUGUUUUACAGAGUCUUCAUUUGAAGAUUCCGGAAAUGUCCAAUAUUACAACCACUCCUCAUACGUUUCCGGCAGCCUGGCUGACCAUGUUCGAUGCGGUGCUCAUCCUCCUGUUAAUUCCCUUAAAGGAUAAGCUGGUUGAUCCCAUUUUGAGAAGAAAUGGCUUGCUCCCAUCAUCCUUAAAAAGGAUCGCUGUUGGGAUGUUCUUUGUGAUGUGUUCUGCCUUCGCUGCCGGAAUUUUGGAAAGCAAGAGGCUGGACCUUGUUAAAGAGAAGACUAUUAAUCAAACCAUUGGAAAAGUCGUUUAUUUUGCUGCCGAUUUGCCGAUCUGGUGGCAGCUCCCACAGUACGUGCUGAUUGGUGUCAGCGAGAUCUUCGCAAGCAUAGCAGGUCUGGAGUUUGCCUAUUCCGCCGCCCCCAAGUCCAUGCAGAGCGCCAUAAUGGGCUUGUUCUUCUUCUUCUCUGGCGUCGGCUCGUUCGUGGGCUCCGGGCUGUUGGCGCUGGUGUCCCUCAAAGCCAUCGGAUGGAUGAGCAGCCACACCGACUUCGGUAACAUUAAUGGCUGCUAUUUGAACUAUUACUUCUUCCUUCUGGCUGCCAUUCAAGGAGCUACUCUCCUGCUUUUCCUUAUCAUUUCUGUGAGGUACGACCACCAGCGGUCCAGAGCAAACGGGCCACCUGCCAGCAGGAGGACCUGACGCUGGAGGUGCAGUCUGGUCUUAGACGGUGACACACAGGGAGGUUCCUGGCCGGCAGGGCACUGAGAGCAGGCCGGACUGGGAGUGGCCAUAAAUGUCGGGCUUUCUGAAAACCUGCACGGCGGCUGGCUUGGUUUCUGCUUUUCUUCCGCCGAUGAGCUGGGCAGUGCCUCGCUGGGACUCGUGCCCCGUCUGCUGGGCCCUCCUGGCGCAGCGGUGCAGACGGACGGAAGAUCUCUGCUCAUCCUGCCGCUGGCGUCCCGGCAGAACCUAGAGGGAGAUGGCAGUCUUGGGAGACUGCACUUCGGUCGGCUGGAUCCCAGUGUUUUAAACAAAUAUGUUCAUUUCCUUCCCACACACCGUAUGAUCUCACUUUUUUCCUUUUGAUUAAUAAACAACUACUUAUGUUGAGGAAAGGGAGGAUUUUUAAGAGGUCAAAGUGUGGUCAGAGGCUGUAAAGAUGUUCUAUAAAGGUCCACUUGGUGGUUUCUCUCUUAAGCCGCGAAUCUUGCCAUUGCUAGGUUCUUUGGUACAGGCCGUAGUGAAUAUAUUGUAUCUGCUGCUUCAAACAAUACUUAUUUUUUGAAACUAUUGACAUUGCUUUUUUUCCUCAAGUGAGAACAUGUAACAAGAAAUAUUAAAACCAUGUGUCCUGGCUGAAGCCACACACAGCUUAUGGGAGUGUUUGCCCCUCUCCCGCCCAGUCGUCGUGUAUCGUUUCAUUCUGGGCACCACCGAGACUGAAGACCGCUCCUGGGGGACGAGAGGACAGUGUUCCUCUGAACAGGUUUAGUGCAGUUAAAGGUAACUGCAAGUGUACAACGUGAACUUGGACUGUUGGACGGCCUCUGACUUCUGUUUCCUUAUUUUACAUGUAUGUGGGGGUUCGCGUUUGUUAAAUAAACGAUUCUCUAUGUGUC